AUGCCUGGAUUCAUUCAGCCAGUAAUAACACGCUACACUGGGAUACCGUACGCUGAGCCACCGACUGGUCAGUUGCGCUUCGCUAAACCCGUGCCACGAGCCCCCUGGAGCGAUGUGCUCAAUGCUACCGAUUUCGGCCCAAGUUGUCCCCAGAUACCGGUAGGCGCAGCCUCGCUGUUUGAUCAAUUGUUCCCCAACAUGAAUUUCUCCGAAGAUUGUCUAGUUCUGAACGUGUACGUUCCUCAUGAUGCUGUGGCCUCGUCUGGACCUCUCCCGGUCAUGAUUUACAUACACGGUGGCGGACUAACGAAUGGACGAGGGGACUUGUAUGAUGGGACUUUACUAGCUGUCCAGGGGCAGGUUAUUGUGGUCAACUUCAACUACCGUCUCGGACUGUUCGGCUUCCUCAGCACUGGGGAUGACGCAGCACCUGGGAACUACGGAUUGUGGGACCAACGCCUCGCCAUCCAAUGGGUCAAAGACAACAUCGCCGAUUUUGGUGGUGAUCCAAACCAAAUCACCAUCUUUGGUCAGUCGGCAGGAGGAUGGAGCGUGACCUACCAAAUGAUUUCACCGCUGAAUGACAACAAUCUUUUCCAGCGGGUGAUUGCCCAGAGUGGAGCGGCAUUCCAUGGCCAGAUAAUUUCCGGCAUUUCAGCUCAGCGAGAGGUGUUAAAUCUUGCCUCUGCUCUUGGGUGUGACUCACCGUAUGAAAGUUCAUCUCGUACUGUUAUCAGUUGUCUUCGCGAGUCCAGCAUGCAGGACCUUCUGAGACACAGUGACCUCUUUAAAACAGCACCUACGAUUGACGGCGAGUUUCUCACCACCGACAUUAACUCCCUCUUGUCCCAUCCCCGAGUUGGACAGUACGACCUCCUCUUAGGGGUGUAA